CACUUCAGCGACUGAAUCGUUCAUGUACAUUUCAUAGAACUGCUUGCGAUAAAAUGGCAAAUGUCGACUUGUCUUCAAUUUUUGAUAGUCCCGAUGGAACUGACAUCUUGACGCAUGGGUAUUAUGCUCUUGGUCUAAAACAUCUUGAGAUAGAUUAUGCGUCUGCUGUGCCAAAAAAGAGAAAGAAAGUUGGGCACACGACGUCUUCAGCAAGUCCGCCGUCAACCAGCGACGGAUUAGACACCUCAUCAGGUUCAAGUCCUGACACAUCAGCCGAUGCUGGCACUAUUCUCGGUGGGUCAACUGCCAGCAAGCCAUCACUGGCCAGAUCAAGCGCACCAAGGGCAUGCGGAUGCAAGUUGUCAUGUGACUCAAAUCGCUGUAGAUGCCGUAAAAAUGGUCUGGUGUGCGGGGAUAAUUGUAAAUGCGAUUGUAAUUGCUCUAAUCCUAUGAAUAAAUUAGAGAUCAUCGCUGAGUAUGGUGUUGAUGUCGAGAAAUGUAAAGAAGACAUAUGUCUUAUGCAGAACAUUACUAAGAUGACGGACGAAGAGCUUCGCCGUCGCUUAGAAAGCGAAAUUGAAUUGUUUUGCUGCGAGGAACAAAUCCAGGUAUAUAAAAUAAUACCUGGUAAACUACGAUGUCCCGUAGAUGGCUGUAUCGAACCACUUGUGUAUUCAUGGUGUGAUAAGGAUCUUAUGGAGCUUGCAGCAGGCAGACCUCGUAACCACUGUAGGGUAUGCAAGAAGUGUCAAGGCAGACUUGAAGGACAUUGUCACAAAUGUCGACUUUGUUGUUGGGGCCCAUGUUACUGUCAUCACUCUAAGGAGAAACAAGACGAAUGGCAGCCAUACUAUUAACCAUAUGCUGACACAUGGAGAGGUGUGACCAUAGCAAUGACAGCAAUAUUAUUAACAUAACCGUGGCGGUGUAACCAUAGCAAUAACACGCUUAACACUAACACGUAUACAAUACGACCUCACGACAUGUGCAAUUAAAAUAGCUGCCACUGAGGGCAUAGUUCAUCCGUGAGGCGACUCGAUUCUCGAUCUAAUAAAACACAAAAUUGUAGUUUGUAAACUAAUUUAACCUUGAAUAUGGAAAUUAAACGAAUG